AUGGCCGAAAAUUUCUCUGACGAAGAAAGUCUUUUUGAAACCUCUAGCAAUUCCAAAACUUUUCUUGGUUAUGUUGAUGUCCCAAUUUCUGCCGAUGAACAACCUACUUUAGAGGAUCUGUUUAUCGGAGGCAAUCCACUCUGGCUUGAUGGUCAAUUGCCACCUUCCAAAAUGCUUACCUGUGGUAACUGUGGUUCAGGACUUGGUCUAUUAUUACAAUCAUAUGCCCCACUUCCAAAUUCUGCCAAUGAUAGAGUGAUUUACGUCUUUGGGUGCCAAAAUUACAAAUGUACUAGACAGAAGGGAAGCAUCAGGUGUAUCAAGGGAGUGAAGUUCAAAAAAGUGGAAUUGAGUGUUGAAGAAAAGAUGAACAUGGAGAAACAGAAAGAGUAUGAGGUGAAAUUACAGGGCGGCUUGUUUGGCAAAGACAAAAAUAAUGACAAUCCAUUUGGUGGUAGCAAUCCUUUUGCUGCUGGAUCUUCCAGUACCAGUGCCAAUCCAUUUAGUGGCAUUACAUUUGAUAAACAGGAGGAACCAAAAAAAGAAGAAACCAAGGAGGAAAAGAAAGAUGUCAAAAAACCAUCUUUUUCACAAAUCGCCAGUAAAAGCGCUCCAAAGCAGAAAACCACAGUUGAAAAAGAUGUCAAGUUAUCAGAAUAUCCUGGCUAUAUCUUGUAUGUCGAAAAAGAGAGAAUUGGCACUGAUGACGAUGUGUUACCACCAAUUCCCGACAAUAUUCAAUUCGAAGAAGCCGAUGUCGCCGACAGUGUGAUGAAAGCUUCGUCGACAAAGACUGAGGAAUUCAAAAGUGAAAUACUUGAUGAUCUGGAAUUCCAAGCUUUCUCUAAGAGAGUAGCACAUAAUCCUAACCAAGUAUUGCGUUAUGAACUUGGAGGAGAACCAUUAAUUUAUUCCAGUAAGAAUAAGACCAAGAUCGAAAAUGGUGCUCCGGCCCCAGUAUGGAACAGCCAAUCUGAAAGACAGUUCGAACUUCAGCUUAUGCCUAAAGCAAUCAUCGAUCUUGAAGUAGGACGUGAUGUCAUGGAAGGUAUGGAAUGGGGAACAAUUUCGGUAUUUACCGAUGUUGAAGAUUUCGUGCCAUCUCAAAAUAUGGUUUCUAAGGAUAUUGGUUACGUGGAAGAAUGGCCUGUGGUUGAAUGGGAGGAACAACUAGAUUACUCCAAAAUUAAAGUCAAAUAA